AUUUUAAAUACGCCCCAGAAAAAAAAAAAGAACACGAACUCUAGAGAGAGAAACAAAAUCAAAACCCAACAGACACUCUCCGUUUUUUUUUUCAGCUCAAAGAUCCAGAAUUCGAAAAAGAUUCGUUUGGAACUUCAACUCAAUUUGUGAGUUAUUAACCACUUAAACAUUCUCCUUGUGCGCUUUGUUAAUGGUGAUUAGGGCAUAAACUUAUCAACGAAGAUGAAGAGUUUGUCGAAUGCGGUCGGGGCCAAGACCGCUAGGGCUUGCGACAGCUGCGUCAAGAGGCGAGCCAGGUGGUACUGCGCCGCCGACGAUGCUUUCCUUUGCCAGGUUUGUGACGGUUCCGUACAUUCCGCCAACCCUCUGGCUCGCAGGCACGAGCGGGUCCGCUUGAAAUCCGCCAGCUCCGUUCCUCCUCCUGGGCCCGCCACCUGGCACCAUGGGUUCGCUCGCAAAGCUCGGACUCCACGUGGCGGCGGUGGGAGGAAAAAGACGAACCACCGAGCUAUCUUCCACGACCUCGUUCCGGAGAUCAGCGCUGAAGAUCAGACGGAGAACUACGAGGAAGAGCAACUGAUUUGUCAAGUGCCGGUUCUUGAUCAUCCCAUGGCGGAAUCCAAUACAAGUUUUCCGUUACCGGUACGUAUGAAAUUUGCCGACAUAAAAGACAAAGACGACGAUCAGGACAACGCCGAGAGUUGUCUGAAUGGAUUUUUCCCGUCCGACAUGGAGCUGGCGGAGUUUGCAGCUGACGUCGAGACUCUGCUAGGUCAUGGGUUAGAGACUGAAUCUUUUGCCAUGGAGGAGCUAGGUUUAGGUUACGGUUCCUUAAGUUGCGGACGAUCUUCCUCCAUGGUACUGAAAGUGGAAGAAGAGGAAGAAAAAGAAGGCACAACUACUGAAUUGUCAUGCGAUCGAGGUGACGUGGAUGUGACGCCAUUUGAGCUGAGCUUCGAUUACGAGUCACACAAGACAUGCGCAGAAGAAGAAGAAGAGGAAGAAGACGAUAAGCAAAACGUGAUAAAUUUUAACACUGGCGAAGGAGAGAACGAGACAAGUGGUAGUGGCCGUAGUACCAUAAAGGAUGAUGAGGAGGAAAAGGGAAAGGGAAAGAAAACGAAGAUUCUUAUGUUGAGAUUGGAUUACGAAUCGGUGAUUUCCUCGUGGGGAGGCCAAGGACCGCCGUGGACCGCCGGAGAGCCACCGGAGCUCGAUCUCAAGAAUGAUUCCUGGCCAAUUUCUAUGGGCGAAGUUAACGGCGGACAAUACGGGAGUGGAAUUUGCGGGGUGGGGUUAACAAUGGCGAUGGGAGACGUAGGGAGAGAGGCUAGGGUUUCGAGAUACAGAGAGAAGAGAAGGACGAGGUUGUUUUCAAAGAAGAUAAGGUACGAGGUACGGAAAUUAAAUGCAGAGAAGAGGCCUCGAAUGAAAGGAAGAUUCGUCAAGAGAGCCUCCCUUUCCGCUCUAGCUUCAUCAAUUCCCGGUGCUUACUGAAUAGAGAAAGAGCUUAUCACUAUAUACAUAUAUAUAUGUAUAUAUAUGUAUAUCAUCAUCUUAUAAGUUCAUGUUUAAGUUAUAUUUUCGAUUUUAUUUAGAUUUGCACCAACAAAAAAGUUUUGCUUCUACUUUCGUGAGCUAGUCAAUGUACACCUUAAUUUAUCAUUAAGGCGAAAUGUUUUGUAAUUAAGGUGAAGUGUCUUAUGUGUAUAUAUAUAUGUAUCUUGGUUGAAUAUAAGAUAAUCUGCUUUUCUUUCUGUA